ACGUCGCAGUCAGUCGCAGUGGUAACACGAGCGAGAGGGUAGUUGCACGCGCUUGCCUUCGAAAGGAAAGAUCGUGGUGAGGGGGAGAGAGCGAGAAAGAGAGAGAACGCAAGUGAGCGUGCAAGAUAAAGAGAGAAAGAAGGAACGAAAGAGAGAGCGCGGCGCCCCUUGCCUCCGUUUUCAGUGCUUCAGUCGCGCGACGACGCUCUCGGACGCUUUAGUCAGUCGGUCGGUGACGAAGCUCCCAAACGUGAUACACGCGCCGUUACGUUACGUUACGUUACGCCGUUCCGCCGAAGGGGAGAACGAGAGCGAACGAAACAGAGAGAAACAGAAGAGAAGACGAACGAACGAAAUUGUAUCAGUUGAAACAGAUACACGAACAAAGAAAAAAGAAGAAAUACGAACAUCGCGAGCGACGACUUUGACGGUUACAAGUCGUGUUCUUAAAAACACGAAUCUCUACGAACAGUUCCAACCAGUGCGAAUAUCGAGAAGGCCAUUUUCAUAGCACGGUUUUACACGCGGUGAAAGAAAGCGCGCGAGUGAGAGACUGAUCGACGAGAAAAGGACGUGCGAUUGUGGACACGAGAUUACGACGAGUAGUAGCCCACACGUUUUCAGUGUACGAACAACACUCACGUCGUGCGUUCCUCGUACAUACGCGCGCACAGAGGACUGGACGAAAAAGGAAGAAGACAGAAACGAUCACCGGCGAAGCGACGAUUUUAUUUUUAUACGGUGCAUCGUUGUUUUUCCUACAUACAUUUCCCCGUGACCGCGCACGAGAAGAGUAGAUCGCUCAGUCUCUUGGUGUAGCGGCACUGUAGUUCUCGUCCUAAAUAAUCUAGUGUGUGUGGUGUGCACCCGCGCGCGCGUGUGUUUCGUUGUUUUCCGAUCGUUCGAGUUAGACUUUAUCGUGAGAAACACCUCUCUGUUCGAUACGGUUUAACCUUUGAUUAUCGACGAAGUCAUUCUAGAACAACGUACGUAAGGAAAAGAAAAAAAAAAGACACGGGCUGUGAAGAAAGACUAUUAUUAUCAAAGGAAAAAUAGUGAAAAUCGGUGAAUAAAGAUACUGUGAUUUACUAUCUGUGCGAACGUAUUCACAUAUAUACAGUUGCGACACAGUUGCCGGUGCGACACAACGCGAUAUUUAGUCGAGCGAUAUGCCGACGAGUUUGUUCAGCGAAAUGGAUCGCGGAGCUAAUGGCGGUGGAACUGCUUCCCUCGAAGACCAGAGAGCCCUACAAUUGGCAUUAGAAUUAUCUAUGCUUGGUCUCGAGGGUACUCCCGGAUGUCCGGGCACUGGUACAGGAACCGGCACCGGAACGGCCAACGAUCCGGAUCCUUUGCAAACGACACCGGCAGGCGUUUUCGAGGAAGCACGUUCUAAGAAGAGCCAGAAUAUGACCGAGUGCGUGCCGGUGCCUAGCAGCGAGCACGUGGCAGAGAUCGUCGGCCGACAAGGUUGUAAAAUCAAAGCACUCCGAGCGAAGACCAACACUUACAUCAAGACCCCGGUGCGCGGUGAGGAGCCGGUGUUCGUGGUGACCGGGCGCAAGGAGGACGUGGCCCGCGCAAAGCGAGAGAUACUCUCGGCCGCAGAGCAUUUCUCCCAGAUCCGUGCCUCCCGCAAGAGCUCGCUGGGCGCCCUGUUGGGCGCGCCUCCCGGCCCACCAGCCUCCGUUCCUGGCCACGUGACGAUUCAGGUACGAGUCCCGUACAGAGUAGUCGGGCUUGUGGUAGGACCGAAGGGCGCGACCAUCAAGAGAAUCCAGCACCAGACCCACACCUACAUAGUGACGCCGAGCCGCGACAAGGAGCCGGUGUUCGAGGUGACGGGACUUCCCGAAAGCGUGGAGGCUGCGAGGCGCGAGAUCGAGGCACACAUAGCACUUAGAACCGGCACAGGAACCACCCUCGACGAUUCGGAACUGCUAAGCGUCCUCUGUCGCGGUGGCCUGGGCUCGAUCCUUGGUUGCCUCGACCCACCGGGCUCGAACGGUUCGAACGGAUCCAGCGGAGCGUUCUCCAGCAGCGGCAGUUGCAGUAGCUCGUCCAGUAGCUCCGGCGCGCCUGGGCUGAACGAUCUCGUCGCGAUUUGGGGCGCUGGUAUGGAAAGGGACGAGGGCCUAGGGGAGUCGCCCUCCUUCGAAUCCCAAACGGCAUCCGCCUCCUCGAUCUGGUCGUUCCCAGGCGUCGCGCUACCCUCGAGGCCAUCCCCGCCGGCGUCAGCGAGCCCGACGUCGCCCACGGACUCGCUGCUGGGCGGUGGACGGCGGGAAUGCGUGGUGUGCGGCGACAAGGAGGUCACCGCCGCCCUCGUCCCAUGCGGACACAAUCACUUCUGCCUGGACUGCGGCAACCGGGUCUGCGAGAGUUCCGACCCAAGCUGCCCCGUGUGCUCCAGGCCCGUCUUACAGGCGCUUCGUAUCUUCUCUUAAGCACCGGGACCGGAGCCGGCGGGACUGACCCCCCCUCCUCCCCCAGGCUCCGAACUGCGUCGCGGCACCUGGUACAGCGGCUCUAUAAAGAUUCUCACCAUCGAUCAAUGAUCAUAUUGUCUGCUCUUCGACUUUUGGCGGCUCAUCCAGGAACGACGGCGCUGGAGAACGCCCAUCCCGAAUUUUCCGUAUAUAAGAGAGAAAAAAAAUGAAAAAAAAAGGAAAAAAAAAAUAUUAUGCUCGCGUCCCCACGCACGUCUCGCGAAACGGUGCGCGAAAUCCCGUUGCGACGUCGGGGGACCGGACGCGCACAAUGUCUCAAUUCCACUGCUGCCAAUAACCUCUUCUACGCGCCGGGAAUGCCCCGAUAUAAAUGCUAUUUGUCGCGUCGUUCCCGCCGACCGAAUACAACGAAGUCAGCUUUUAAGUUCUACGAGAAUAUACAGAACGAGAGAGUGGGAGAGAAAGAGGAAGAGAAAGAGUGUGUGAGAGAGAGAGAAAGAGAGGGAGGGAGGGAGGAAGGGAGGGAGGGAGGGAGAGAGAGAGGGAGGGAAAGAAAAAGGUAAUGUGUGUUUGUGCGAGAGAGAAAGAGAGAUAGAGCGAGAGAACGAGAGCGCGAAAGAGAGGGAGAGAAAGAGAUGAAAUAACAUACUCGCUCAUUCAUUGUCAUCGUUUUCAUACUUUUACCCUCGAUAUAAUAUAACAUACGUAGCUUAUAGUCCGGCUCGCAGGUUUACGUGUUAUACGUAAAGAAUUACAAAACAAGGACAAAGUGGAUUGAGCUGACGCGUAACGGAGAGCAAUGAAAAUGGGCGCGAUCAUUUUAUUUUAUCGUGGACGCGGCGAAUCUGUAACGUGGAAGAAGGAUACGUUUGGCUUUGCCGUAUUUUAUGAGAUUGCCUUCGAAAUAUCGGAAAAUGUUUGACACGCACGUUUUAUUACCUUCAUCAGUAGCGAAGAUCUUGUUGACGCUACUUAUUCAGCUCAAAAUCAAAAAAAAAAAAAAAAAUUAGGCCCGAAGGUAGUGCGUUUCGAUAUUAUCGCAAUAACAUUCCAUUCGCUGAUCGUAUUCAUCAUCAUGGUAUAUUUUUCUACAAAUUCUUUUUGUAUCGAAGGCAAUCUAUGGAAUGGACGAAUUUAAUCGAAUCAAUCGAGUUUUUAUCAAUGUUAACAUUUUUAAUUAGCAUAGACGUUAUUAUUUUUAUAUAAUUGACAAUCCACGAUGAGGAUAUAUAUUCGUAUAUAUAUAUAUAUAUAUGUAUAUAUAUAUAUACGUAUGGGAAAGAGACUCGGAUAGUUUUUAAAUAUUUUUGUAUGUUGUCCUUCUUCCACCAUAUCUCGCGUGAAAUCGAAGCCGUAAUUUCUAUUACGUUAUUAUCCGCGAAAUAUUGUAAAACGCUAUAUCAAAGGUGCUUGCAAACACUGAUAUAUAAAAUUUUUACGAGCUCUAUAUUUUUAUUUAGAAAACUAUUCAUGGUAAACGUCCUAUUUAUCGUUCUGAACGUUAUAUAUAUGGGAAUUACGAGCUUCGAUUUUCACGAAUAAAGACAUGCAUUUGAAAGGUUAAAAGCGCAGUUGCAGCAGAGGUCAUUCGCUCUCUCGAUCGUUACGCUCUUCGUGUCUCCUAUGAUCACGUGACCAAUAAUUCAAAGAUGGCGGCGCACGAACAGCUGAUCGUGUCGUCUUAAAAAAAAAAAAAAAAACGAAAAGACUUGAAAAUGCGAUGCAUGACGCAUAAGAAAUCGUAAUAAUUUUUCUUCCUUGUAAGAAAAUGUGAAUCUCAGAAAACGUUUAAAGUGUUUUCGUAUCUUUUAUAAACUCUCUAAGCUAAAACGAAGAAUAGGUUAGGUCACGUGAUCGUAGGGAGAGUGUUUGAUAUGUUAAUCAAACGAUAUAAAUCGGAGUAUAAAAAGAGAAUAGAUGACGAAGGAAGGUCGUACAUCCUCCGAUAGUUAAGUUUUUGAAAUUUUUUUUAUUAUUAUUUUAUUUGUAUAUCAAUCAAAAUAAUUAAUCCCAUUGUUCGUUUCCGACCAGCGAAUAAGAUAAUCUGGGAUAUCAUUGAGAUAUUUAUUCUUCUCUGAUUACUCUUUUCAUCUCAUGACAAGUGAAAACUUUUCAUUCUUCACUAUUGCGAUACUAUCGGCUGAUGCAUCGACGUAACUUGAACUUCCGGGACCUGCGAGCUUAUCGUACAUAAUCGCAGCGAACGAUUACCGAACAAAUUGCCCAAAUACUUGACGUAACUUGUACCCGAUACACUAUCACCCAUACCUAUACAUAAAUACACACGUACUACACAUAUUACAAACAGCCGAUCUCAUAUAUAUAUAUAUAUACAGGCACACAUCGCACGAAAAGAAAAAAGAUUAAAAAGGAGAAAGGAAAAAAAACAGGGUGAGUGGUCACGUGUCCCUCGAUUUGCCGCGAAAUUACUUAUAGAUGAUAGUAUUAUUAAAACGGCGUGCCCGUUCCACCCAGCCUCCCUCGCUACUAGAGUAUUAUCUUAUCUUUAUAUAAGCGACAUAGCAAUUGAAAUAAUAAUAAUAAUAAUAAUAAUAAUAAUAAUAAUAUUAAUAAUAAUAAUAAUAAUAAUAAUAAUAUUAAUAAUAAUAUAUAUUAUAUAUAUAUAAACAUAAAUAAAUAUAUUAUAUAUAUUAUAUAUAUAUAUAUAUGGUGUCAGGAAAAAAAAGUCUGACGACAGUAAGAUGGAUGAUAUUUUAUCGAGGAGAUUUAGAUUUUGUAUUUUUCGCGCGUUUCGUCGACGGGACGACGGGUGGUCAGGGACAGUUGCACACGCCGGUUACAAAGGGAAAUUAUUAUUAAGAGUUCUAUAAGGGGAAUAAUAAACCGGCGAAAAAGAGGGGUGAGGGGGGAAAGAAGCGGAAAAAUGAAGGAAAAAAAAAUAAAAAUAAAAAAAGACGGCGCUUAAGAGAAAAAAAAAAGGAAAAAAUGUUUUAAGGUUUAUACGGGGCGCAUCGCGGGUACGCGUGAACCGGCUUCUCCCUGAUCGCUAAAAGAACGAGAGCAAGGAAGAAAGAAAGGAGAGAAAGGAGAAGAAGAAAAAGGAGAAAAAAAAAAGAAACGCCGUCGGUCGAUCCCCACGGGGUGCGGUCGACUUUAUUCCUCCCCUCUAAAUGUAUUCUUCGAGCCCUAAAUAAUAAUCCGAGUAACAACUCGCUCUUUCAAAAGGAAAUAUUAAACCGAUGUAUCUUCCACCGUAGGGAUCGACGAUCCGUGUACAUUUAGCUUUUCUUUCUCGACAAUCGUAUUAUUAUAUUAUAUUAUAUUAUAUUAUAUUAUAUUAUAUCGCAUAUAUAUAUAUAUGUGUAUAUAUAUAUAUAUAUAUAUAUAUAUAUAUAUAUAUAUAUAUAUAUAUAUCGAAACGACAUUAGUACGCGUCACCGUGUCCUCUCGUUAAGAAAGUACGAAUACGUAUAUUUUUCUCCCCCAUUUAGCGUUAUCCUUUUUCUUAUUCCAUCUUCGCAUACUGUUCUUAUGAUAUGUCUUGCGAUUUCGAUAGUACGAUAAAAGUCAUAACCCGCGCCAUCGACGUAUAGGGGGAUAAGAAAUUACGAUGCUCGUCCUUCACUAGAAACGAGAGGAUGACCGGUACGUGUCUUUAUGUUCCAAUUCACUUUCUUCCUUUUUUUUUUUUUUCUUUUUCCUUCUUUCAUCGUGAAACAUUGUUCGUUCGUGUAAUCGCGUUUCGGAAGGGAAAAAAGCUGGACAAACGAUCCUUAUCGCUCAAGAGCAAGACGAACGUUGGCCCACUUUUUUUUUUGACGUCAAGGAGAGGAAAAAGCCGAGAGGAAAAAGCCGACGAAACUAUUACAAUACGACGUUAAGGGAGGAGCCAAAGGAUCAUCCAUGAUCCACGUGGCCCUUUUUUCUGUUGCUUUUUAUAUAUAUAUGUAUGUAUGUAUGUAUAUCUUUUGUUUUAUAUUUAUGCUGAUUUCAAAUUCGAUUUGAACCUAUCUUCUUUCUUUCUCCGCUUUUUUCGCUCGUCGCGUGAUCCUUCUUCGUUAUUUAGUAUUCUAUUACUAACUACUCUUACUACUUCUGUGCGAAGUUGUUUAUUUUCCCUUCGUUUCUUUUCUCGUUUUUUUUCUUUUAUAUCGUCGAAAACUUCUUGUCAAUCGUUGCCAUUUUUAAACGAAGAUAUGCUCAAGUCGCAGCUCCGAACAAGUCGAGGUAUAUUAUUAACAGAUAUAACAUAUAAAGUAUAUAUUCGUCAUUCAAUGUUGGAUAUAACGGAUGAUUGAAUAUAAAGAAGAUAUUUUUUCGGAUCGUUCGAGCCGCAGCUCUGUAUAGCGGGUGUCUCGGUAGUUUUUCAGCCUGACUCACCCUCUUCGUUUUUUAUUUUUUAAUAUUAUUUUUAUUUUGUAUUUCUUUUUUUUUUAUACAUAUAUAUAUAUUGGAUCGUUCAGCAGGUGUCUUGUUAGACGUAUGUUGUUUCGUUUCGAACAUGCUAUCAAACUCUUCCCCCCAAAUCACUAUUACUCGUGUGUCAUACUUUUUAUACGAAAAGAAAAGAAAAGUAAGAAAAAUUCUUCCUUCUUGUCAAAAGUGCAUUCUCUUCGUGAGCUAUUUAUCGAAACGGAUACAAGUAUAUAAGUACACACGCAUACACACACAAAAUUUUUCACACAGUUUCAUUACGCAGUGUCUCUACAUCUGUACCCCAGCUUUCGUAUAGAGAUGCGAUAAACCUUAGCGCCAGUAUGUAUGUAUAUAUAUACAUAUAUAUAUAUAUAUACACACACAUAUAUAUAUAUGUAUAUAUUAGAUAUAUAUGUAUGAUAUUAUUUGUUGCUCCACAGGACAUCACUCAUCCUGUCAAACACGAAUCACAAAUUCACUCUUAGAUGCAAGGAAUUCUUCUAAAACAUACGCUUACACACAUGCCCAUACACAUGUACAUACACGUUCAAACGACAGACACAUGCGAACGCAAUCUAAUAUGCACGACACGUAACAUACAUACUUACAUACACACAGACUUACGCGCGCACACGCACAUACAGUUACACACGAAAAAUUAAAAAAAAAAGUCGUAUAUUUAUAUAUAUACAUAUAUGUACGCAUUAUAUAUGUAUACAUAUAUAUAUCAUAAUUGACGUUCGAGAGAGAGAGAGAGAGAAAAGAGAGAGAGAAGAAAGAGAGAAGAGAGAGAGAGAGAGAGAGAGAGAUUUAUUAUAUUUAAGUUUUUUUCGAGGCAAAGUAAAUUCUAUAUUUUUUCUAUGUUAAGUAUAAAUUAGAAAGAUUGAGAGGGAGUGAUUGAUAGUGAAUGAAUGAAAGAAAAGAUGCGUAAAAGGUAUGGUGAUGAUAUAAACAUAUAUUAUAUUAUUAUAUUAUAUUAUAUAUAUAUAUUAUUAUUAUAUUAUAUUAUAUAUUAUUAUAUUAUAUUCUAUAUAUAUAUACAUAUAACUAUAUUUAUAGGUAUUCUCUUUAGCAUCUACGUUCCGAUAUACGAGGACGCCGCCGCGCAGAGUAUAAUAUAAAGAUAAAAAAGAAAAAGACGGUCGGCGUGCUUGUACAUGCAUAUGUAGAUCAUGCCAGGUAAUUAUCAUUAAUAUUGCUGCAUAAAGUCUGAUCUGAUUCUCGCAGCUCGAGAUCAAGGAAUAAGGGUGAGAAUGGGUGAAUUGGAAGGUGAAAGUACAGGAAGAGAUAGAAAGUAAAAAAAAAAAAAAAUAAAAUAAAAUAAAAAAAAAAGAGAAAAAAGAAAAA